AAAUCUAGCGAUGGGAGCCGUGUGCAGCUUGAAACUAUCAGUUGGUUACUUGGACUGUCAAGGACCGUAAGGAGAUAAGAAGUCGGCAUUAACAGGCACUUUUUUUAAACAGGUAUUAAAAUGUCGAAUGUGGAACAUAUCCAGGGAGAAACAUUAGGUGUUCACUUGUCUCGUCCAGAUUCUGGAACACCAUGGGGCUUUCGUCUACAAGGCGGUGUUGACUUCAGUACUCCUCUCUCAAUUCAAGUGGUUCAGCCAAACAGCGUUGCAGAAAGAAGCGGGUUGAAACCACAAGAUGCCAUUCUACGUAUUAAUAACAGUGCUGCAGAUAACUUUUCACAUGAAGAUGCUAAAAUGGAGAUUGUUCGAUCCGGCAAUGAUAUACAGUUGUUGAUUCAAAGGGGAGCAGUCAAAAUCUGGAAACCUCAAGUCACAAAUCUAUCUGAACUUCGACCUGCUGAACUUAAACCAGUCAAAACACAAGGUGGUCAAGAAUUUGCUCCUGUCCAAAAAACAUCUUUAGCAGUCAAUAAACCAGAUACUGGUCCAUGUACAAUUGGUAGUAGCCAUAACAGAGCAGCUAAACCAUUUGGUGCUCCAGCAGUUGCUAUUCCAAAUGUCACCCAUUCCCAGUACAAUACCCCCAUUGGUUUAUAUUCAGGAUCUAAUAUUGCCGAUACAUAUGUCAAACAAACACAUGGCAUUGCUGAACAAGUUCAAGGGUUAAGUUUAGAUAAUUUACCAGUAGGUGGUAAAGUUGAUUCUAUGUACCGUCCACAAGCACCACCAUCACAAGGUGAGAAGGAGAGUGCCCAAUUCAAAGAAUGGAAAGAGGGGGAAACUCCCCAAUAUAAGGGCUAUACUAAUCCGCAUGCACAGUCACGGUCUUUCCACGCACUGCAAGAAAAUCUUGAUGACCAGGAAUUAGCUGAGAGUGGCUUUAAACCAGUAUCUGCUCCUGCUGCCAAACCACCAGGUCAACAGAAACCCCAACAACCCAGUAUGAGAUGUGGUGGAUGUGAUAUGUUAGCUACAGGUGUUAUAGUAAAAGCUAAAGGUAUACCCUAUCAUGUAGACUGUUUCAAGUGUACCUCAUGUGGUAUGAAUCUUAAACAAAAAGGUUAUUUUGUUGUGGAAGAUAAAUUAUAUUGUGAAACACAUGCUCGCAGAAUGGCUCAGGCCCCAGGAAAUGACAUGGUAGCCGUCCCUGUAUACAGAUAAGUUAGGCUAUAUGUAAAUAGAGAAAAACAUUUACCUAAGAAUGAAAGUACAGCUGGAAUGAUGUUAUAGAUUAAUAUUAUACUGGUGGUUCUAUAGACCUGAUCAUGUUUGUUAUGUUAGAUGAUAUCAAAAUCACUUUGUGCCUUAUUUAAUAUUUUUAUAUGUAAGGGUAGUUCUAGAAUCACUAUAAUAUAGAAUUGAAUUCCUCACAAAAGACUUGACUUGCUCCCUUUUUGCAUUGUUCACUAUAAUCACUGUAUAAAGACAAUUGUUCUAUUGUCCCCUCAUCAUCAUGCACGGUUUUAGUCAUAAAAUAUUAAUGGAUGUAGGGUAUAAUGGUAAAUUUACAAGCAGUGGCGUGUAGAGAGGGGGGGCAGAGCGGGGGAUGGGCCCAGGCAUCUAUUUCGAGGCAGCAUCCAAUUAUAGAGUUAAAUUAAAUUAAUUUUUUUUAAAUUUGAAAUUAUCACUGUUAACUUAGUGAUAGAAGCUGGCCUACUUUGACAUUAAAAUUGUCUUCCUUUCUCGUAUUUCUGAGUACUGGGCCCUGUACUAGUCUCCGGGGCGUACACUCAAGGAGUUCGCCAUACGCAUCAGCAAACUUCUGCACACCACUGUUUACAAGUAAACUAUUUAUAAUUUAAACAGUUAAUAUAAAUCCAGUAUAGACCUUAUAUAUUAACUUACAUUUAUAUAGAAAAUAUGUAAUAUGUAGAUGUAUUUCCAAAUGUUGAUAUUCUACUUGUGUCAAAUCUGGUCAUUCUGUAAAUAUAUUAAAAUCUCAUAAUAAAAUAUUAAUAUAGUUUUUAAUUUGGUCAGAAAUAUCUUUGAUAUACAUAUAUUAUUAAAGCAGCUGAUCAUCAUUUGAGGGAUUGUAAACUACAAAAUAUUGUGAAAGUCGAAUCUCUUAAAGGAAUAUCAAUCGAAAAUGGCUUAAUCCUGUUGAAUACAAUGUCUCUAAUUAUCUGAAUCUCGUUUUACACCAGUAAAAUUGGUGCGUACAAUUAUUCAUAUUCUUUGAAUAAUUAAGAAUAUAUCUUUGGCUGUUUAUGAAAUGGAUGUUAUUUAAGGUUUUUAGUUAAAUACACCUUGAAAAAUAUUUUUGUUAUUAUUGUGGGUUUUUUGUUUCAUUUGUGUGAAUAUUUUCAUGGUUUAAUUUUCUUUUUUAUUUAAGAAGGAAACUGAUCACUUUGCCACUAUGCAAUUAUGAUAUAAUAUAUUCGAUAACAGACUUUUUCUUGAAAGAAUCUGAUUUUUAUACGUUUUAGCUUGUUUACAUGUUCUCUAUGCAUUUCUAAGGAGUGUUUGUUUUUUCUAUGAAUUAUAAACUAACUUAUAUUAUGUAAAUAUAAUGUGAUAUGCAUUUAAGUGUGAUAGCAAUAAUAAUAUGUAGAUAUAGAUAUUAAUUAUCCAUAGAUAAGUAGAACUUAGAAUUUACAUACUACAUAUCAUUAUAUCUGUAAUUUAGUGAACAAACUUGGCGUGAGGUACCAAACCAUAUAUACUUUAUAGUAAUUAAACAAAAUAUAAAUUAUGAUUUAUAAAAGGUGCUGUAUUUUUAUAUUAUUAAAUCAAUUUUUGAUUUUCUUGAAUUUCAAUUUGAUUGGUUUUCUGGUUAUUCGAUUUAGUUGAAUUUCGGGUAAUUCACAUUUAAUGAUUUUCUCAGAUUUCGUGUUUAAGGUUGAUCUUCAGUAAAUUUUAAUGAAAAAUAUUUUGAACAAAUUAUUUACUAAAUAUACAUCUCUGAAUGUUAACCUACAAACCAUGACUUUUGUGAUUUUGUUAUAUCUGAAUGCAUUUAAUUGUAUUUGAGUCAUUUACAACAAAUUUAAUCUAUUUGAAUUGGAUAUUUAAUGGAUAAUAAUUAUAAUUCUAUAUGAUUUAAUUAGAUUAUUAUAUGAUAGUUUAUAUUUACUGCCAGAUUGACCAGCACACUGUUAUAAUAUACAGGUUAUUAACACAAAAUAUUAGCUGGCCUCUUGACAUUUUAUUAACACAAAAUAUUUGUUAAUCGUGGGCAAAGAAAACUAUGCUUUUUUGUUAGUUUUUACACCAAGAAUAAAUUUCUAGUUUUUACCUAU